AUGAUACCAAUAAAGUUUGUGAACAAAUAUGGAGAAGGUUUACCAACAGCUAUAUGUCUCAAGACUCCGAAUAGUUUAGAUUGGAAAAUAAAUUUUGUGAAAAUUGAUGGAAAAAUAUGGUUUGAAAAGGGUUGGAAAGAGUUUGAAGAGUAUUAUUCUCUAUCUCACGGGCAUCUUCUAGUUUUCAGAUAUGAAGGCACUACCCAUUUUGAGGUAAGAAUAUUUGAUAAGAGUACUUUAGAGAUAAACUACCCUCUCGACAGAGUCCAAGUCAACAAUGAAGAAGAUUGUAGAGCAAGUCAAAAGAGAAAAGUUAACUCCUCCUUUGAAAUUGGAAGCAGUAGUUGUGUGGAAGUUGAGAAAUCACCAAAGGAAGUUUUGGAUCGUACUCACAAAAUGCACACAGGAAUGAAGCUUAAUUAA